ACCUUAUAAAAAUUUUUAUCGGAAUCUGUUCAUAGUACAUUAAGCUGUUAUGGAAGAGGUACUGAAAGGCCUUGAAGGGGCUUCAACUGAACCAAAGAAAACAAGGAAUCGUUUUACUGUUGACGAUUAUACAACUUCAGAUGACAAUUCUGUCGUCUGCUUCAACUCUUCCCAGAUGGAAGAAAUUGGACUCUACCGCGGUGAAACUGUUCUGAUACGCGGUAAACUCAGAAGAGACACCGUUUGCAUAGCUCUACCUAGUGACAACGUGGAGCGAGGCAAAAUUCGCAUGAAUAAAAUUGUUCGUACAAAUCUACGUGUCCGUUUUGGUGAUAUUGUUUCUGUUACGUCAUGUAGCGAAAUUAAAUAUGGUAUACGCGUUCAUAUUUUACCUAUUGACGACACUGUCGAAGGGAUAUCAGGAAACUUGUUCGAAACCUUUCUCAAACCAUAUUUCCUUGAAGCCUAUCGACCCGUUCGCAAAGGCGAUUUGUUUGUGGUACGCGGCGGUAUGCGUGCAGUGGAGUUCAAGGUGGUUGAGACCGACCCAUCACCAUAUUGCAUAGUUGCUCCAGAUACGGUGAUUCAUUGCGAAGGCGAGCCAAUCAAGCGGGAGGAAGAAGAGAACUCGUUGAACGAAAUUGGCUAUGAUGACAUUGGAGGCGUUCGAAAGCAGUUGGGUCUGAUUCGUGAGAUGGUUGAACUCCCUUUACGCCAUCCCCAGUUAUUCAGAAAUCUUGGAGUUAGACCGCCAAAGUGCAUGUUGCUGUAUGGUCCUCCUGGGUGUGGUAAGACAUUGAUUGCUCGAGCGGUGGCCAAUGAAACAGGCGCCUUCUUUUUUUUGAUUAAUGGUCCAGAAAUUAUGUCAAAAUUGGCAGGAGAGUCGGAAUCGAACCUUCGUCGCGCGUUCGAAGAGGCAGAAAAGCGCGCACCGUCGAUCAUUUUCAUUGAUGAGAUAGAUUCGAUUGCGCCGAAACGUGAGAAGGCAAGUGGAGAGGUGGAGCGUCGAAUAGUGUCCCAGUUGUUGACGCUGAUGGAUGGUCUCAAGUCGCGCUCGAACGUGAUCGUGAUUGGUGCCACGAACAGACCGAAUUCGAUAGAUCCUGCACUGAGGCGAUUCGGACGGUUCGACCGUGAAAUAGAUAUCGGCAUUCCAGAUGCGGUUGGACGUUUAGAAAUUUUGCGAAUUCACACCAAGAAUAUGAAGCUCGAUGCAGACGUUGAUCUUGAGCAGCUCGCAGAAGAAACCCACGGCUACGUAGGCGCGGACAUGGCUUCUCUGUGCACAGAGGCUGCUCUGAAUUGCAUUAGAGAGAAGAUGGAGCUGAUAGACAUCGAAGAUGAACAGAUUCCGGCUGAGGUUUUAGACAUGAUGUCUGUUACGACCGAGCACUUUCGAGCAGCCUUCAAGUCAUCUAACCCGUCUGCAUUGCGAGAGACUGUGGUUGAGGUGCCCACGGUAACUUGGGAUGAUAUUGGAGGGUUGGAGAAGGUGAAACGCGAAUUGCUCGAAUUGGUUCAAUAUCCUAUUGAGCACGGAGACAAAUACAAGAAAUUCAACUUGAAUCCGAGUACAGGUGUUUUGUUCUACGGUCCACCUGGAUGCGGUAAGACACUGCUGGCCAAGGCAAUUGCGAACGAGUGUCAGAGCAACUUCAUUUCGAUCAAGGGACCAGAGUUGUUGACAAUGUGGUUCGGCGAGUCGGAGGCGAAUGUACGAGAUAUUUUCGAUAAGGCGCGUCAGGCGGCGCCGUGCGUGUUAUUUUUCGACGAGUUGGACUCGAUUGCGCGUGCGCGUGGGAUGUCUCAGGGUGAUGCCGGAGGGGCGGCCGAUCGCGUUAUCAAUCAACUGCUGACGGAGAUGGAUGGAUUGGAGGCGAAAAAGACCGUUUUUAUCAUUGGAGCGACGAACCGACCGGAUGUCAUUGAUCCUGCCUUGAUGCGCCCCGGUCGCCUAGAUCAGCUGGUCUACAUUCCCUUGCCCGAUCUUCCUUCUAGAAUAUCCGUAUUCAAGGCCGUUUUGAGGAAGACGCCUGUUUCCAAGGAUGUAGACAUCGAGUAUUUAGCAUCGCGCUUGGAGGGAUAUUCAGGCGCAGAUAUCACCGAGAUCUGCAACGUUGCAUGUAAGCUUGCUAUCCGCGAAUCUAUAGAAAAGGAAGUUGAAGCCGCGAAAGCCAUGGAUACCGGCGAGGUUACAGAGGGGAUUGCCGGCGAGGAUCCAGUUCCUGAACUGACUCGAGCGCACUUUUCAGAGGCUAUACGUUAUUCGCAUCGUUCUGUUAAUAGCGCAGAUAUUCGAAAAUAUGAGAUGUUUGCUCAAACCCUUUCAACUGUCCGUGGGUCGCUUUCUAACAAUUUUGAGUGGCCCUCCAAUACCUCUACACCCGCGGCUGAUUCGAGCAACCAGCCAGAUCAAAAUUUUGAUCCGGGAAGUGAUGACGACCUCUACGCAUAGGCGAGAAGAGCGAGCCUGGUGGUAUUAGCUACACGGAACGAGCAUGUAUUUUCAGAAAAAAUGAAUACAUUUUUUUCGAAGCA